AUUGUUUUAAGGAAAAAAAAUAAAUUAAUAUGGAUGAAAAUUACAUGGAAAGUAACAUGCAAGACCGACGGAAUUUAUGCGAGACCGAAAACACGAGGAAAGAUGACUAUCAUUCGAUAGGAAAUAAUUUUGGAAAGUUUUCAAACACUCCCAGUUUUACUCAGCGAGAAAGUUCUGAUUCGGACGAAGGAUCCGCAACUAUAGACAUAGAGGAAAAUAGCGAUGACAGUGAAAGGGGCUUUCCCUCCGUCAGCAGACGACAAUUUGACACAUCCAGAGAGUACCCGGAAGGAGAGGUAUAUCCCAAACACAAACAAAGGAGAGGAAAAGUGGAGAAAACUGCACGAUUAAACAUAAAUGCACGUGAAAGACGGCGAAUGCAUGAUCUGAACGAUGCAUUGGACGAACUAAGGUCCGUGAUUCCAUAUGCUCAUAGUCCCUCAGUCAGAAAGUUAUCCAAAAUCGCCACAUUAUUGUUAGCGAAAAACUAUAUUUUGAUGCAAGCCAACGCUCUUGAAGAAAUGAGACGAAUGGUUACCUAUAUGAAUUCCACAUCUUCCCCCUCCCCAGCGUGCUUUGAACCUCUUGUGUCGUAUAACCGGCUACAGAGAUUUCAGGGACUGCCCUUAACCCCGGGGCAGGGUAGGUCUAACUGUGCAUCUAGGUUUGAUCCUGCGACAGAUUCCUAGACAGUGAGAAUUGCGCGAGGGAAAUUAAACUAUUGACACUGGAAGUGACCACAAUAACGGACAUUGUUGUUUUAAGAAAACAGUAUGUCCAGUGGAUACUUUUUCAGAAAUGAAUUCUUGGAUUAUCUCAAGAUUCUAUUCUUAAUUUUACAGGAAAACAAUAA